AUGUCAUCAUCCGAAAUCGAGCUGACAGCCGGUGAAUUGAAAGAAUUGAUCGAGAUGAACAUCAAGGCUCUCUACGCCUUCGACAAAGUCAGGCUGUUCCUGGUUAAGCGUAUAGAAGAGGCGUCAGGCCGAGUUCUUUAUGGAGCUGGCGUGGCUACGUUUCCGAGCACUGCGGAGACUGAGAUCUUUCUCCGAAGCAGUGGCAGAAGAUUCACCAUCGAAAGCGCGCUUGAGGAUAUUCUGGAGCAGACGAUGGUGAAGCUUAGUAAGGAAAUGCUAUUUCCAGAAUGGUGUGUCAAAGUAUUGAAUGCCUAUGAAUGA